UUUGAGCGAAACGACCAUUUUUGGUGAAUGGUACAAACCGCAAACAGGAUUGUGUUAGAUUGGCGAUGCAAUCUAAUUCAAUUAGUAAUGACCUGAAGAGGAGUUGAAAAUAAGAUCUGAAAAUAUUUAGCUAAACAGAAAUUAUUUAUGACAGAAUUGAAGGAUGUAAAACAUCACUAAAUGAGUUUAAUUUUAUUAGUCAUCCGGAGAAUAACAAAUGGAGCGGUUAACAGUAGCAUAUUUUGUUAUUGCCAUAUUAGAAGGCACUGUUUUUGACGUAACAUCCGGAAUAUGUCGAGAACUUAGUCAAAAUCCAUCCAUACUACGUGAAAACGAAGGGAAAAUUGCGUUGUCUGUUUCAUCAACCGGAGAAGAAUGCACUUGGAAAUUACCAAGUACGACCAGCAAUGAUCAUGCCUUGAUCUUAUAUGUUCGUAGUAUUGAAAUGAAAACAAGAGCUGGAAACCGUUGUACCGGAAGUUUGAGCUUACCACAUAUUGGGUCAUCGUGUCGACAUUCUCCAACAUGUAGAAUAUACGUGCACCAAAACUCAUCUUGUAGGAUAAGCAAUAUAUCACCAAACUCGUAUCGUGGCUGCACUAAGAGUGUGGUUUACUUUGACGAUAGACCACAAAAAGAAGUUAAAUUUCGUUCGGAGAAGCAGGGAGAAAAAUCUUUCACACUCUUAUAUAAAUAUAUAGACUGUGGUAAAACUCUAAAAGAUCAACGUGUACUUGGAGAGAGUCAGCGACAGGUUCAUCAAACCACAAGUUAUUCAAAUUCAUUCACGAAUAAGAUAGAGUCCACUACACAAAAGAAUAGCUCAGGAUUUACAAAUGAAAAAUUAGAAAAACAAGGAGACCUUUUCAAACCGACAUUUGCAGCGAUUGUAUCAAUAAUUGUCAUUCUUGCAAUACUUCUGUCUGCAACAUGCAUUAUGCUAUUCCUUAUGUAUAAGAGAAAAGAGAAAGCCAAUACGUUUCAAAACCCCGCUGUUGUUGCAUAUGUGCAUGAUCGAACUGAUGAAGAUGGAUUUAGUUCAACUCAAAUAACUCCUGAAUAUCUUGAAUUUCCAACGCCGACGGGAGUUGGAUCCGAAUCUCCCGAAGAACCUAAAAAUUUGUACGCUGAAAUCGGACGAGAUGCUGUUUCUUCUGAUGAAUUUUUUACCGUUAACGUGAGAAGUAGGCAUUAUGAAAACAUUGAUGAAACUCAGUCUAAUCACACAGCAUCGACGGGACAUAUCGAUUUAGACUUAGAGGAACUACCAACAAGUUACACAUAUGCUACGGUGAACAAAAUUAGGAAUCCACAUCCCGACGUGUCACUGUGAAAGCGGAACAAGCUGAUAAUUUCGCCAUUCGAUAGCUAGCACAACAUGUGCAAUAAAUUGAUGUCAAACUGCUAAGGGCACGUUUACGGCUAUUAUCGAGGCAAAAAUGUUGUUAUUCAGAACAAAGUCUUGAAACCAGUUUACUCGACCACUGAUUAGGCUAAUUCUGACGAAAGAAUAGCUGUGUACAUCCGUAUAAAAAGUCACGAAAAAAACCCAGAGGAAACAAAACAUAUUUUAAUCACGUAAGAAAGACAACGUUUGUUCGACAGAAACGGUAUUUCAGAAUACGAUAUUGACAUGGCGGAUGCGAGUUAUAUUUAUGGUUUUAUUUUUUGUUACCGUAAAUUAUUUUUUCAUCUUGCUUUAUUUGAAUAUAUCU